GAGAAGUGGUGAAGGGAGACGAGGAAGUAGAAAGGAGGGGAGUGAAUGUGAGAAGAAGAGAACACAGGAGAGGAGAAUAUCUGAAUUCACAUUAGCAGCAGUGUCUUCCUGUGUCAUAUACCUACCAGUGUUCUUUGUUCAGAGCACGGAGGCAGUGGACGAGAUGAGACGUUGCUUUCCACAGGGACACUGAGGCCGUCUGCCUGGUUGGCUGGCCGUGCUGCCGGGAAAAACCCAUUCAUGUCUUUUCCUUUUGUCUCUCAAUAAUUGUCCGCGGCAGGUUUUCACAGCAGGAGAAGAGGGGAAGCGACGUGGAGCUCUAAAAAGGAGAUGACAGAGAGGAAAGGAAAGGAGGGGAGAAAAGAAGGGAGGGAAAGCCUCGUGACAAUGUUUUGAAGGAGAGUCAAAACAAGAAAAGCAGGGACUGCGUUCGGCUAAAGACACAUUUCCAAGGCUUUAGUCUUUGUCCUUUAGCGGCAAAUCACCACUGGACUGCGGUUGGAAUGAGCCGCUGGUUAUCUUGGUAAUGUCUUCUCAGAUCUGCUUAGUCCAGACCAAAAGGAUUUAACUCACUGCACAUCUGCUCUUAACAUCAGGAUUUUGUUAGUCUGGACCUAUUAACGUAAUGGACACACAGGUCAUAGCUUGAGCUUUUAUGGAGCCCAGACUUUGUGAUAACGGAGAAGUCAAGACCCCAAAGAUGUCCUGGGUCUGUCAACCGAAAAUUUGCAUAUUUGAUGCAUCCUGUCCAAUGGUGUAACGGGUGUCUUUGUGACCUUGGAUUGCAGAACUCCGACCGCUACUGCAAGAUGACAUCUGAGGAGCUCUUCCACCUGCCGCUCAACAUCUACAUCAUCAUCCUGGGCAUCGGCCUCUUCAUCCUCAUGCUCACCCUCAUCUUCUGCUGCUACAUGUUCAGACUCAGGCGACAAGUUGCAAGAGAACAGUACGGUUACAACGAGGUUGUUUUGAAAGGAACGGGGAAGAAGCUGAGUCUAAUUGGCCAAACAUGUGCGGUGUGCUUAGAGGAGUUUCGCAGCAGGGAUGAGCUCGGUGUGUGCUCGUGCUCCCAUGCUUUUCACAAGAAGUGUCUGCUGAAAUGGUUGGAGAUCCGCAGCGUCUGCCCCAUGUGUAACAAGUCCAUUUGCCGCCUCCAGCCUGACCCGCCUCCAGCAUCUGAGCAGCCUCAGAGUCUCCUGGAGGUCUGAGAUGGGAACAGCAAUACCUUCUGCUCAACUGUCAGUGGACACCUGCCAAUAUAGACUCUGUCUCACCUCAACAGUUUGUAGUUUUAGUAAUGCAGAUAUUCAUUCAGACAGGGCUACUCUAGAAGUAGAAAUUAUAUGAUUGUCUGAGUUAAACCGUAAGUGCAGAGCCAAUGAGCCGAUACCUGGUCAAUUAAAUAGGGGGUCGGUAGAUUAUGGCAAACUAGCCAGCCUAGAUACUGCUAUUUUCAGCACAGAGCCGGAUGCUAAAGCUAAGUGCCUUAGAGCUGCUGAUAGAUGACAGAUUACACCUGUUAGCAUUGGCACAUAAUGAUGGGGGAUUCAUGCGUGCAUGUAAUACCAGUUUACUCCUCAAUAUAAAUCUGUUAUGUAGGAACUAAUGACAGAAGAAUUGUGGCUUAUAGCCCUGAAGUGUGUGGCUCCACUUAAUGCGUGGAUAGUUAUCAUUGCAGGAACGAGCACGAGUAAGCUAGAUUUCAUCAAAAAAAGAUCCAACCGAAAAGUCCAGCCCAGUGUUGCCAACAGUGUUAGCCAUAAAAACACUUGGGUAGUCCUUAUACUCAUAAUACUUUGUCAGAGCAUUUGAUUUACAGAUUGCUGUUGGGGUGCAAUGAGAAUGUUAACAAAUAACACAAAAAAAGAACACUAGCUUUACAUUUAACUGCCAACAGUGAGACGUAUAUCCUACACUUCUCAACUGUGGCUAACUUCACCCAUUGAAGUUUGAUUUCGUUCGAAAAAUUACAGCACCAUAUGUGCAAUCAAGACAACAGCGUCUUGAGGGUUUCACAUCAACAUUGUGGCAUCACAUUCCUGAUUUGAGGGCCUGUGGGGUCGGACAGAACAGCUUUGGCGCUGGACCCCUCGGCAUGUGAAGUGUCACUGCUGUAACCCCACUGAAGAGAUUUUACUUUUAACAAGAUAGGAAAAUUAUAAACUAACAAGAAUUGGUGCCGAGUGUAUUUUGAUUGUAGUCUGUCAUUGUCUCCCAAACACUCAGCUCCAUUGCCAUGCCGAUGGAUUGUACCAAAGCCCUAAAUGGCAAGACAGUCGCGUCAAAUGGUAUCUGGUAAAAACUACCCUCAAGUAAAUAUGUACUACAUACAUGAUUUUAAAGUUAUUUCUGAGGAACUGUUUUCUAUCAUACCUUGCUCUCAGUAAAAACGGUAUAGUGUGUCAGUGAUGCUAAACCACUUUGACCGUCAUUUAUCAAAUAGCUGGAUGUCAUUGUUGCCAGUGGGACAGGUGAACUCUGUACUGUAGUGAUAUAGUAGACACACUGAUAUGAAGAGUAUGUUUGAGCUGGUUUUCUGUCCGAGUGAGGUGCACCAUACACACCAUUCCUCUCUGUAUGUAACGUGUAAUAUACUUUUAUGAGUACUGUGUAAAUUGUAAAAUGCUUUUCAAUUUCUGAAGUUAGAAAAUAUAUAUAUGUAUAUGUAUAUGUAACCAGUGUUUUGAUAUGGUCAUUUGGAUCCAAGUCUUUUUUACUAGUUUUGCUAUAUGUCAACACUUAAUGAUGUUUAUUUGUAAGCUGUUGUUAUAAUAUAUACAUUUAAAGGUCAUGCUA